AUGGGGGCAGCCAUCUCCCAGGGGACCCUCAUUACCUUUGUCUGCAACGGCCUUGUAGGCUUCUUGCUGCGUCUGCUCUGGGUCAUUCUCUCCCGCGCCUGCCAUUCCUGCACUAUGGACACCGACUCCCUCUCUGAAUCCAGUCCCAACUCCAGCCCUGGCCCCUGUCCUCAGAAGCCCAGCCAGGAAGGCAGCCACAUGCUGCAGCCCUGA